AUGUCGAAGAAGAGAAAGAGGGACGGCACUGAGGUCGAUGUCGACCUUGUCAGCAUCUACAACAAUCUCGCUCACGAACAUGAGUCUGUCCGACUGAAGGCCGCCCAGCAACUUCUUUCCAAGGCCUUCUCCGAUGCUUCAACAGAGGACCAAGUCAGAGCGAUCUUGAGACGUCUUUUUCGCGGACUGUCAAGUAGUCGAAAAGCCGCACGCUUGGGCUUUGCAGUCGCACUGACAGAGUGUCUGUCUCAGCUCAAGGUGUCAAAUCUCGAAACAAGCUUUCGACCAUCUGAGGUUGUUGAUAUCUUCGAGGCAGCUACAGAACCAGAAGGAGGAGCACGCGGCCAGGAGGAGCGCGACUAUUACUUCGGUCGAGUGUUCGGCGCUGGCGCCAUCAUACAGUCCGGCAUUCUGUUCGUUGCGGAGGACCGAAGUCUUUGGAAAAAGCUCCUUGUUCUGUUAUGCGGAAUCGCCCUCAAGAAGCCAUGGUUGAGACAGGAGUGCGGCUGGACUCUGUUCCAAUUCUGUGCCAGCGUUCCGGCCGAUACUGCAACUCUUCAGCCCUUCAUCGAGGACGUCAUUGCCGUACUCAACGAGCAUAAGCUCAUCCGCACUCCUGAAGGCGUGGCUAUUUGGCUAGCAGCCAAGCAAAGCUUGCCACAUGCAAACCUAUCAAAGCACGUCUGGAAGCAUUCACAUCCGCUGGCCUCCAAGGACGUCAAGAAUCUCGCCGAGGUCAUGAAAAACGCACGUACGCAACAGCUAGACGAUGAGCACGGCGCACAAGGCUCAACCUCCUGGUCGGCUAGCUUGCAUUUUGCUUGGGCAGUGGUGCUCGGCUCGCUAUAUCAAAAACAUGAGCAAGGUCACCCGAAUGGCGUCAGCACAGCAAGUACCUCUCACGACUUAAUAUCCUUUGCAGAGUUUUGGAAGGCGGCCGUGGACGAAGGUCUGUUGGCCGCUGGCAGCAGUAAUGAGAGAAAACUCUGGGGCAUACUGCUCGUCGCUCAGGCAGCAUCCACUGCCCCAGCCGCUCUGCUGUGCGACACAUUGAGUCCGAAUGCGCUUCAUGUGCUGAUGCUUGCAUUCACGUCCGAAGGUCGCUACUUACAUAAGAUUGCGCAGGGUGCAUUACAGCAACUCGAGAAGCGCAUAAAGGCUGAGCGGUGGCACAGUGCAGCCAAUGCACCUGGCGACUGUCUUGCUGCUAUUCUGGAGGCCACUGAUUACGCUGACUUUGAUCAGGCAACAAAGUCAAAAAUCUGUCCAACGUUGCUGGACAAGGGUGACCAGAGACACUCUCUGUCCCAGCUUCGCAGACUGCAGACCGCUUUGCGGGCUCACACAGAUCCAGCAACGAUUAGGAAGUCCAAACAUCUGAUCACCUUGGAAUACAAGCUCCUUGCCGCAUGCAUUCGGAAGCUUGACUCGGAUCAGGGUGACGACGCUAAGUCAAUGGUAGCUGAAAUACUAGGCCACGGCCUCCAUCGCAUAGACGACGAGCCAGAACAAUUACGACAGCAUGUCAGAGAUCGUAAUGCGGCAGCAUUCGAGCAGCUCGUGAAAGCUGGGUCGAGUGGCCAGUCGCUGUUCUCUCGUGUCUUGAGCAUACAAGACCUGCUGGCAGACCUCUCAGACCCUGCCAUACGACAGGUACUCGAAACUGCAGCCAAACGGGUACGCAAACUAGAGAAAGCCGAAAAGAAGCAUGCUCAGCAGCAAGAGAAUGCGAAAGCGAAAAGCAGAAAUUCCUCCUUGUCAGACGGCUAUAAGCUACUGUACUCUCUCGUUGCAUUCGACAUUUACAACGGCGAGCAGGAAUCCAUUGAGAUCAUGCAAGAUCUGCUAGAAGUCGUCCUGCCGGACAUGAAGUCAGAAAACCCGUCCACCGAUCCAUUGAUUGAAAUAUUACUCAGCUUCUCGUCCCGUCCUUCGAGGUUCCUGCGGACGCUGACGCCAAUCAUCUUCGAGUCUAUUGCAUCAGGGAUAAGCUCGAGUGGCAUUGCAUCGUUGACUCGCGUGCUCGCCAGCAAGGAGAAUUCCCAAGGUCAGCAGGAGAUAUUCGAAGCAGCGGACGAUGCAGAGUCAGCCAUGGAUGUGGACGGCUCUGAGGAGGAAGGCAGUGGCGAUAGUGACGACGAAGAAGCCGAAGAGCUCGAUUCCGACGUUGAGCUUGUAAAUGCAGACCAUCGGUCGGAAGAGCACAGCAGUGACGAGAGAUCAAGCUCAGGGUCAAGCUCAGGAGCAGAGGAUGACGGAGAGGAGGACGACGAGCUAGCAGCCUUUGACGCUGCGCUCGCCGCCGCGCUGGGGCCUGCGAAAGCCAACGGGACCGCAAACGGCAACGAAGAAGACCCUGGCUCCGAUUCCGACUCAGACAUGGAUGACGAUCAGAUGAUGGCACUCGAUGAAAAGCUUUCGGAAGUCUUUCGCGCUCGGAACCUGUCUAGCAAGCCUGAUAAGAAGAAAGCAGCGAGGGAUGCCAAAGAUACAAUUGUGAAUUUUAAGAAUCGCGUCCUCGAUCUCAUGGACGUGUACGUCAAGCAUCAACACCUGAGCCCAGCUGCAGUCGGUUUGAUACUUCCACUCCUGGUCAGCAUUCGCACGACACAAACGAAGCAGAUCGCCGAGCGCUCGGCCAAGAUCCUCAAAGACCUCUGCACACGGUGCAAGGGACAGAACGUCCCAGUCUUGCAACUGAGUGAACUAGACGAAAGCGGGUCAUCUGCGUUGAAAUUACUGCAAGACGUACACGAUGAAGCAUGCUUGGAGGCGUCCAACAUUCACUCGUCGGCCGCAAGUCAAGCGAGUAUCCUUCUAUCGAAAGUCCUGAUCAGGAGCGGAAUCGGUAUUGCUAGAGUCACGGCAGUCUACGCUGCGACCACGACGAGAAUGCUUACCGACGCGAAGUGUAAGGUGCAGCCAAGUUUCUUCACGGACUGGAACAACUGGUGUGUGAGUGCAAGAGUGUGGACUACAAAGUUGUUGGCAUGA